AUGCCAAUCGCCGCGGCUACCAAACUCCCGCAAAUGUUCUCCACCAUAAGAACACCCAGCCUCCAAGGUUAUCAGAUUUAUCCCGACGGCAUCAAGUACUCCUUCCUUCCCAUGGCAGCAUCACCACUUUCUCAAAGUCAGCUCUAUGAAAAGAGCAGCAGUUCCAUAGACCCAGAUGUGGAACAGAACAGGUUGACCAGGCUGGAGUCGGUCGUUUCUACCGCCAGCCAGCAGUGUGCAACGGCCAUUGGUCGGCUGAGGGGUGGAGGUGCUGGACAAAUAGCUCCCUUCACCCACCCACUAGGGCAUAUCAGAACUUCUCCAGACGUUAUUGUCGAUUUUGACGGGCCCGAUGAUCCUUAUAGACCUGCAAAUUGGUCGUUUAGAAAAAAGUGUCUUACCACUUUUCUAUAUGGACUGGCUACAAUGGGCUCUACCUGGGCAAGUGCAGUCUAUGCCCCAGGAAUCAAGCAAAUCUGCAAGGAGUUCGGGGUUAAUGAAGAAGUGGGAACAGUUGGUAUCAGCUUGCUGCUCUUUGGAUUCGGUCUCGGUCCCUUGAUAUGGGCUCCCCUAUCCGAAAAAUAUGGAAGAAAGCCUACCGUUCUUCUCCCAUAUGCAAUUGCAGUGAUCUUCUCGUUUGCUACAGCAACUGCUAAAGAUAUACAAACCGUCUUACUAUCACGGUUCUUCUGUGGGUUCUUUGGUGCUGCUCCAGUAACAAACACUGGUGGGGUUCUGGGAGACUUGUGGUCCCCCGAGGAGCGUGGAGUGGCCCUUAUUGGGUAUGCUAUAUCGGUAGUCAGCGGUACUGUAUUGGGACCAAUUACUGGAGGCGCAAUUGUCCAAAGCUCCCUUGGAUGGAGAUGGACUGAAUAUAUUACUGGAAUCCUGACGCUUUUCAUUCUCAUACUGGACUCUAUACUUCUCGAUGAGACCUAUCCCCCAGCUCUGCUUGUAACUAAAGCACAACAUCUUCGCUACUCAACUGGGAAUUGGGCAUUGCAUGCGCGCCAUGAAGAAUGGGACGUCGGGUUUGGAGAAAUGGCCAACAAAUAUCUGGUUGUCCCUUUCCAGCUCCUUGGUACUCCUAUAUGUUUCUCAGUUGCCCUCUACGCCUCAUUUGUGUACGGCAUGCUGUACCUGAACCUUUCCUCGUUCCCAAUCCAAUUCCAGGAAGAAAGGGGCUGGAAUCAACUCGUUGGCCAGCUCCCAUUCCUUGCAUUUCUGAUCGGGAUUCUAUUCGGUGCAAUCGCAAACCUGACGAAUCAAAGAUUCUAUGUUAGGAAAUACAGGGCAAAUAACUGUCGUGCUGUAUCCGAAGCUCGUCUCCCUCCAAUGAUAGUUGGAUCUGUGUUGUUUGCUGGUGGUCUCUUCCUCUUAGGCUGGACUUCCGACCGGCGCAUCCCAUGGAUAGCAACGACAAUAGGGACAGCUAUUAUAGGCUUUGGGUUUUUUACCAUCUUCCAGGCUUCCUUGAACUACCUCAUCGAUACAUUUCCAACUGUAUCUGCUAGUGCCGUUGCAGCAACCACCUUUCUGCGGAGCUUGUGUGCUGGUGCGUUCCCCCUUUUCGUGAGGUCAAUGUACACGAAGCUGGGGAUUCCAUGGGCAGUCAGUGUGCUAGGUUUUAUAAGUAUUGUCCUACUUCCCAUCCCUUAUCUCUUUUACUUUUAUGGGCCAAAAAUUCGAGCAAAGGGUCGGUGGUCUCGUUCCUCAUUAUAA